AUGUCUGACAAGAAUCAACCAAUGGUCGAAUUUCCUGCAAGGGUUAAGGAUCGAAUUCAAAUCGGAAAAGGGACGACCUUUCUGCCGGGAAAGAAGGAUCCAUCGGUACAGCAUCUCAUCGACCACGUCCUCGAGCAUGGCUAUGUUAUUCUCCCGAAUAUAUUUACUCCCGAACAAAUAGAGGUAGCAAAUUCCGAAGUGGCACGACUUGAAACGCUUGAUGCUGGACCCGCAGCAAUGGCUGGUCGAAACAGCUUUGAGGGCUUCAAGACUGGAAGAGUAUAUGCUCUCGCAGACAAAUCCCGAGCAUUUGACCAGUUCCCGAUACACCCCACGGUCUUGGCAUUGAACGACUACUUUCUCCAACCCAAUUAUCUAAUCACAAGUCUGCAUACGGUAUUGAUAUAUCCAGGCCAGACUGCACAGUCUAUACAUUGUGAUGAUGGAUUGAUCGCACUACCAAGACCAAGACCAUUGAUCGGCAUCGGCACCAUGAUCGCAUUUGACGAUUUCACUGCCGAGAAUGGUGCGACUACCGUCAUUCCCGGGUCGCAUCUGUGGUCGGACGACCGCAUUCCAACCCGAGAAGAGAUGAUUCCGGUAGUAAUGCCGGCAGGCAGCAUGGUCUACUUUUUGAAUACUCUCUGGCACUCUGGGGGAGCUAAUAAUUCAGAUAAGGUUCGACGCAGCAUUACAGUUCAAUACUGUCAACCUUGGAUACGGACGUUUGAAAACAUGACAAUCGCAAUGGGGUGGGAUGAUUUAGACAAGGUUCCAGAGAGACUUUUGAGAUUGCUGGGAUUUUCUACACAUGAUUUCAUGGGAUAUGUAGAUGGACGCUCGCCACGAGCUGGUAUGGAGAUGCGAAAGAGGAGAAUGAUUGAGCGAGCGUUCAAAGAACGAGACGAACAGCGUAGCUCAAAACUCUAG